CAGGGGCGUGGCCUAGACUCCCCCAUUGAGAUUGUAGACUCUCGAUCUUGCGCGCGAUCGUGCAAUCCCUUAGCAGCUGGUGCCUUGUUGUGUUGGGGAGAGCACGUUCAUCUGAAGUCACUCCGUUUAAUUCUCAUCUUUCUCUGCCAAACUCCAAUAAAGAACCGACAAGAUGGCAUACCCAUACCCACAACAAGCUGGGGGACAGCUUCCAUUUGUGCUGAAUCCACCUUUCCCGUACAUGAGCGCCAUCUAUGGAGGAUCCAUGGCUCCAGGGAGGAUGAUCUUCAUCCAGGGAUUUGUACCAGCAGGAGCUGACAGGUUCCACAUUAACUUGCAGUGUGGCACCAGCACAAAUCCAAGAUCAGACGUAGCCCUGCACUUCAAUCCCAGAUUCGGGGCCAAGACGUGUGUGCGAAACACCCUUAAGAAUCAGAAGUGGGGUGCUGAAGAGAGGGGCCAGUCUCAUUUCCCUUUCAAUUUCAACCAGAACUUUGAGAUUAUUAUACUCUGUGAAGCAAACCAGUUCAAGGUUGCUGUGAAUGGACAGCACUUCAUUGAGUACAACCAUCGCGUCAAGAACCUGAACCGUAUUGAUACCAUUGCCAUUGAUGGCAAGGUACAGAUUCACUCUAUUAGGUUCCAAGGACAGUCUGCUGGGUACAUCCAUGGAUCUGGCAGCAUCCUUAACCCAUCUAUGCCACAUACCGGACCAGUGGUGGGUGGAAUGACUCCGGGCAGACUUAUCUUCCUCAGUGGGAAAGUACGAGCCAACCCAGAUAGGUUUCAUGUGAACCUCCAGUGCGGUGCUGGUGUCAAGCCUCGCCCAGACAUUGCGCUCCACUUUAACCCUCGUUUCCAAGCUCAGACGGUGGUACGCAACACACUGCAGAACCAGUCUUGGGGAAGUGAAGAGAGGAAUGCCUCCUAUUUCCCAUUCGCUCCUAAUGGAUUCUUUGAGCUGAUCAUCUUGUGUGAGAUGAACUCCUUCAAGAUUGCAGUCAAUGGCCAGCACUUCCUGGAGUACGCUCAUCGUCUUCCAUUGCAGAACGUCAACACCCUGGUCAUUGAUGGUGCUGUCGACAUCCACCAGAUCCGCUUCCAGUAAAUCACAAAAGUUCUACAAAAAUCAGGGAAUUUCCCACCCUAGAGCAAUUAGUGUGAAAGUAGUUGAGAAAAUGUUUCUGCAAAGGAUGCACCAUUUGAGAUGGUUUUGUUGAUGGUUAUGAAUAACUACCAACAACAUUUAUUUGUAUUAAUGUAGUUGAAAAGAAGAAAAUAGACAAACCAGUACUAAACUGAGGAAAGGCUUUUUCAAGUAAAAGAUUUAUAUAGCCAUGGAUCAUGUAUAUCAGAUUUAUUCGUACAGCCAGCAUUGGUGCCUUGACAGUAGAAGGUAUUUUGUAUGAAGUACUAUCUUUAAUCAAACAAUAAUAAAGAAAAUGUAUACUUUUUACAUCUGUGAUCUUCAUUUCAUUUGUUAUUAGUUUAGUGAUUCUUUUAAUUUGCUGACAUUUUAUAGUAUGUUACAGUAAUCAGGCAAAUUAUGUAUUAUGUGUAUUACAUAGAUAGUGAAAAAUUCAAGGUGUUAACAAUCGAACUCCAUUACGAACCUCCCAUUUUAUACAUCUCAAAUCACAUAUGAAUGUUGACAAGUUCAUGUAUGGUAUAACUGAAGUGUACCAAUUACCAACAAAUAUUUUGCUCUGAAUGUUUAGGGACCCAUGUCGCCAUUUUUAUAUUCAAAACUAGAGUUUCAAAUGUUUGUUCUUUAAAGAGAUAUUGCAAGUAUGAAUGAACCCUACUUCACAUAAUACUCGUGAGUAGACUAUUCAAUGCACGUACACGCUCGCAGAGAAUAACACCCGCACAGAACCCCAAGUCUGACUCAGCUUACACGUCAGGGUUCUUUGUCCUUUAUUUUGUUCAUACUCCUUUACCUUUGGCCCAUAGAAUGCCUGGUAAAAAAUAUUGGUCGAUUUUAAAUACAUGUAGUAAUAAUAAUAAUACAAUAUAACAGAGCAUUUUCAUAAAGCACAUACAAAUCACUUAAUAUAUACUCUCUCGCCGUAGAUAAUUAUUUUCACAGGUUAUUGGCACACUUCAAAAAUAAUAAUAAUACAAUAUAACAGAGCAUUUUCAUAAAGCACAUACAAAUCACUUAAUAUAUACUCUCUCGCCGUAGAUAAUUAUUUUCACAGGUUAUUGGCACACUUCAAAAAUGGGAUGUUAUAUUAAAGGUUAUCGUUUUCCCCAAUUUUGUUGAUUAUUGCAAUGUUGAUUUAUCUUGCCUAUGAUUGAAAGAAGUAAAAAUGAAUCAGAUGAAAGCCAGAAGGAUGUUAAAUGAGUUCAACGUCCUUCUCAAUCCCAGUAGACAAUCUAUUUUUGUGAAUAUUUAGUCAUUGAUUUAAGUUACAGACAUGAUUACGUAUUGAUAGUACAUUACUUAAGGUUUCAUAUGAAUCUAGAAACUCAAGAUUUGUUAUUUUUUUCAAUAUUUUUAAAAAUAUAGUUAUAGAUAUAUAGUUAUAGAUAUAUGCUAUUUUAAUUAAACAUAUAACUUUUCUUUAUUGUUUCAAUAAAUUCAUAUCAAAUA